AUGCUUCGGUCUGAUACUGACCCUUUUUCGCUCGCUCAGUGGAUUAGAAAAGAGCUGAAGGAGAUUAUUCCGUUAUCUACCGCGGAAAUGGACAAAGAUGGGCUGUCACCAAGCGAUCUAGUGGCUAUAAUGGUCCACCUAUGGUGUAAGGACCAUUAUGAGUUCCGAGGUGACUGCCCGGAUCGAUCUCGUGUGCAAUUCAGCUUUGCAGCUCUUCUAUAUUGCUUCACAUCAGCCAGAACAGGUGAAGUUCACGAAUCCACAGCUCGCAGGAAAAGCGCCAGGGCGGCAGCCGCUUGCUAUAAGCAUUUUACUCUUUAUCUGCAACGCAUCGACGGCGAGGUGAUACUGGUGAUGUAUUACAAGCGUGAGUUUAUAAAGGGAGCGUGGACAAAAAAUCAGUGGGAACUCCCAAUUCAUGGAUUCUAUGAGAAAUAUAAGAAGGAUAUCCUGCUUCUAUUGUGCCCUCUUCUGUUCUUUCUCCCUCUGGCUUUCGCCGAUGGCGCGAUACGUGAUUAUGCGUCUAUCGAUGAGCUCCUGAAUGAGGCAGACCAUGCAUGGCCAUUUACUGAGCAUCGUACCGUCGCUUCAACCGGAAAGGCCCGUGGAGCGGACUCAUUCGGAAAACAUUUCGCCGACGCCGGUCAUCGAGCUGGUUUUAAGUCCAACGUAACUGUUCGCGCUUGCAGGCGAUGGGCGCUUAUGGAGGCUGAUAAAAUGUACACCGAGGCAGCAUGGAUGAAAUUUGCAGGUCAAACAACUCGGACAAUGUUCGGAUCUAACUAUGCUCACCCUGUCUGUCAAGUUGACGGGCAAGCGACAUAUCUAGGCAUAGAGCCUCGAGAAGAUCAUAUCAAGCACGGUUGUGGAUUGCAGUUGCAGCGCCACUCACAGCUCCUUCAAUCGCUGCCGGCCAGACUUGAGAUGGAAUUCCAUCAACGAAAGGAUGUAAUUGACCUGAAGAAGGAAAUGGAAGUUCUAAGUCUGCAGAUGAUAACGGCACAUGAAGAUGAAAAGCGACGAAUUCAAACCGAGUCUCACAAAAUCUAUAAUCAGCAAAAGCGACUCUAUAACGCCGAGCUGAAGUCUCAACGAGAGCAACAGCCAUGGAAUAAGGAAAUGGAGAGACAUCUUAUCGAGCUUGAAAGCACAAAUUCCAGAUGCAAAUGCUCGCAUCCUCUAUGCACUGCUUUCUUCGAUAAUGUUGAAGAGCUACGGUUUCAUCUUCAGGACGUUCACUGUUACCGUAAAAUCAAUGGCAAAAUGAGUAGAAAAGGAGACCUCAGCGAAUCUGAGACAGUAUCCGGAAAAAUGAUAUUCACAUUCAAAGCGGGUAUUGAUAAAAUGCCCGACUUGAAGAUCGUCGGAGAACCAUCUCAGCCCCCCUCUCCAAAGAAACCAUGCAUUGAUCCUCAACUUUUUGAAAAGCCCGACAAAUCCCAAUGUCCAAUAUGCUCUACUUCAAUUGAAGCCCGUCUUCUUCGCGAAUAUAUGAAUGAAAAGAAAUUUAUUCCAUUCAGGGCCCAGAUGGAAAUAUGUCGCGCACACAAGAAAAUGACGGCUGAGAGUCAGCGAAGAGAACGUGGCUAUCCUGUCAUUAACUGGGAUACCAUUGAGGACCGUCUGACUCGACUGGGGUCCAUGAUUCACUCUAUCAUCAGGGCAAAAACAAAAUCGUUCUUCGAGACGUCUAUCGAGAAUAACCUGCAGUCACUGAGUCGAGGUUCGGAUUUUCACUGCGCAGGAUACUAUGGGCCCAAAGGGUUGGAGAUCAUUGGUCAACAUAUAGCAAGAGUACACUGCUCACAUAUCACGGCAGUCUCUUCAACGAAGCUCCAGUUCAUCAGGCGCUGUGGAGGCGUGCCGGCAUAUAUUCAGGAGGUGCUAGUCCCUGAGGUUCUGACAAAGUUGAUUGGUAAGGAUAUGGGUAUGGGUGACUGUCAGGCUCGAUCUGUGCUGGAAGGAAGCAAAGAAAUUGGCGAGCUUCUCAAUGGCUUUGAGUAA